UGAUCGUUAAGCUUAUGAGACUGUCAUAGUAUGAAGUAGUCUACAGAAAGUUUAGUUCGAAUCCAAAUAUAAAUGGUGGAAUCUACUACAAAAAAUCGUUUUUGUGUGUAUCUAUUUCGAGAAUUAAUAAUUCGAUUGUAGUUGAUCUUCAUAAAAGAUAUACUUCCAGAACGGCAGGUCAAACGCUGAGAUUUAGUGUCGAUGAUGAAAAACCAUACUAACUCUACUUCUGGACUGGAACUAUACAGACGGGAAAUAUUUGAGAUAUUCGUACCCGUCAUAUGUAUCAUGGCCAUACUCGGAAUAUUUGGUCUUGCUGGAAAUAUUAUCACCGUCAUAUUCUAUAGCAGAAAAUGCAAGACAAAUACAACCACUACACUUAUAUCGUUUCUGGCUGUGAUGGACACUUUCCUUUGCAUUUUGAUAAUACCGAUUGUUGUGGAAAUGGCCGUGAACGUUACCAACGAUCAAAGAGUAGUCUGCAAAAUAGUUCACGCUUUCGGAGUAAGCUUUGGUGGUUCAUCCACAUUCGCCGUCAUGUUAAUUGCAAUUGACAGACACAGAAAUAUAUGUUUUUCAUUCAAAACACAACUCACACAAAACUUUGUAAAAUAUGCAAUUAUUGGAACACUGAUCUUUUCCUUUGGUCUUGGAAUUCGAAUUCUCUUUACCGUCGAUACCAGUGUAGUUGACUUGAAGUCAGACUCUGGGGAAAUCGUUCUUGGAACCUAUUGCACAGCUAGUGACCAUCCGAAAUACAAAAAGAUUAGCUCAAUUUUCACCUCGGUACAUUUUUUUAUUGUCACAAUGGUGUGGAUAACUAUCACCACGUGUUACUCUUUGAUCAUUAUUCGCGUUGUCAGUUUACGAAAGAAGCGCACACGCAAUGAACAUCUAAAUGCAAAACAACAGAAAGACGGUAUGUUAAAUGACAAGCAAUCCCAAGUCCUGCAGAAUGUCGCCGAGUUUGAGGGUAACUGUACAGAUGCUAGUUGCACUUGUAUAAACACUCGAGAUACUGUUUUUAAAUCUUCUGGAAUAAAAGACACCGUCGGUCUUAAAUCAGCAACUCAGGAUAUUGCUGAUUCAGCUCAUUUGGAGGUAAACUUGAACAAAAGCACAUUACAGCUUGGUAUUCAAGUCAGACAAGAACCAUUGGCGAUGACAGAACCUGAUGAAACUGAGGAUGAACUGGGACAACAACAGACACAACCGAAGAAAAGAAGCAUUUCAAAACGAACGCCAAAGAAAACAUCAGGAAUAAGUCCCCGGGAGCUACGCCUGACGUUCAUGAUGCUGACGGUUUCAAUCGUGUUCAUUCUUUGCUUCUUGCCAUACUUUGCCGUUCGUAUUGUGGCGAGAAUCGUUCUUAAUACAGGUGUAGAAUUUGAGCUUGAUCCUCUGAAACAGAUCGCUUUAAAAUUGCCUUAUUUGAACAGUACAUUCAAUCCAUUCAUAUAUUUGCUAUUUAAUAGGAAAUUCAGGGAGUUCGUUUGGACUCCUAUAAGAAUUUGUAUUUCAAAGUGUUGACGUGUAACGAUGCAUUUUUAAAAUGUCGUUUUCAUGCAUCGACGUUCAAUUCCGUUUAGCAAUACAAGUAUAAGAGAUGUGGUCGAUAGAAUAUUAAUACAAUAAACUUUUUGAUUCAUUGAUCUUAUUAGUAUACAUACUUAAACAUAAGUUAAUGAUACUAAUAAGAUAGGAAUGAGUGUGAUGAGUUGUUAAUAUUUGAGAGUUUGAGCAGUUGAGAGUUUUGAACUGCUUUGUAGUUCAGUCCUAAGUUUAAAUAUGAAAAUUGUAAUUACUUCCGUAUAGUAUAUAUGUAUGUAUUCAUUUAAUGUAGUACAUUAACAACAUAAGCUGCGUAGCAGACUUUUAAGUUCGAUAAAUUUACAAUGCAAUACUGAUAUUGGUCUACAUUAAUAUAUAAUCCCGAGACUUGAAGUGCCUUUCACGUCCUGUUUCUCAAUUUAAGUGUCUGUUUGAUAUCAGUAAAUACGUAAUGUUAAUGGUGGCUACCAAGCCGAAUAACUGUUUUUAUUCGGGCACUGCGGUUUUCCCCCACAACGCAAUACACCACUCUCUUGAUUCAUUGUGCCAGCAUAGGUUAAUAUAACUCUCUUCACAAUCGUUUCAAAUAAAAUACGUUGAUACUAAAUUCAGACUCUAUCGGUCAAGUAUACCUCUUCUUUGUGUUUGUACUUUCUUGCGAGCACAUGGUCCUGGUGCCGUAUGAGUGGUUUGAUGGUGGAACAUAUUCAGCGAAUGAAAGUAACAGAAAAGUAUUGGUUUCGAAAGUACAUGGUUAUAAAUUCAUUCCAAAGCAUCGGUAUUUACUUUUUAUAUGUAAGUCCUGAGUCUGUGAUAUAGUUCUUCCAUAAUAAUAUUAUCAGAAUUCACAACAACUGUUUGUAUAAAAAAAUUACAGGAAACAAUACCAGUUGGAAUUUAGUCAUCAAUAUGUAGUGAGUGUCUCUAUUAUAUAUCUGUAACAUUAUUGAAUGUAUGAUUUAUAGUUUAAUAUUUAGAUGUAGAAAUAAAUUGUUGCAAGUCUA